CCAAAACCCCAAACUCUCUCUCUUCUCUCUCUCUCUCUCUUUCUACCACACACACACAAACAGAAACUGGGUACAAGCAGGUGAGCUUAAAUUAGCAAAAGAGGGAGAGAGAGUUAAAGGCAGUAUAUAGGGCGCCUUUUCCUUUAUCCCUUCACUUAAAGUUGACGCCAAUUCUGGUGUUAUUUCCAUGGUUAAAGCAGGUUUUAUACCCAAAUCGUAUCCCACCUCCUCAAUUUUUUUAUUUUUUUUAAUUUUCUAUCUCUUUCCUCUCAUCUCUUUCAGUUUUCUAUAAGAAUAGAUUCCGGGUUCAAAGAUUGAUUUUUUCUCUCAUUUUUUUUUUGGGUUUGAAGGGUUAAUUUGUUUCCUGAUCAUGCACAUGGAUCAUUCUUGAAUCCUCUUUUUUGUUAAAACAAUUACUAUUUGAUGGCGUUAAGGUUGGAAUAGUGGGAAAAUAUACUCAAAAAAGGAAAAGGAUUUGUUUGGUUGAGCGAUGAAUAAGAAUAGUCAGCUGGGAUCCGUGAGCAGCUCUGAUCUCAUCGAUGCAAAGCUGGAGGAGCAUCAAUUGUGCGGAUCCAAACAGUGCCCCGGCUGCGGUCACAAGCUCGAAGCCAAGCCGGAUUGGGUGGGCCUACCCGCCGGAGUGAAGUUCGACCCGACCGACCAGGAGCUUAUCGAGCAUCUCGAAGCCAAAGUCGAAGGCAAGGACUCCAAAUCCCACCCCUUGAUCGAUGAAUUCAUCCCCACCAUCGAAGGCGAAGACGGGAUUUGCUACACUCACCCUGAGAAACUUCCUGGAGUGACAAGAGAUGGAUUGAGUAGGCACUUUUUCCACCGGCCGUCGAAGGCCUACACCACCGGCACGAGGAAGCGGAGGAAGAUCCAGAUGGAAUGCGACUUGCAAGGCGGCGAGACGCGGUGGCACAAGACGGGCAAGACGCGGCCGGUCAUGGCUAACGGCAAGCAGAAGGGCUGCAAGAAGAUCUUAGUCCUAUACACUAAUUUCGGCAAAAACCGGAAGCCGGAGAAGACGAAUUGGGUGAUGCAUCAGUAUCAUUUAGGGCAGCACGAGGAGGAGAAGGAAGGAGAGCUCGUCGUCUCCAAGAUUUUCUACCAGACUCAGCCUCGCCAGUGCAACUGGACGGAGAGAGGAGGCGCCGCCGCCGCCACUGCCGGAGAGAGUGGGAGCUGCUCCUCUUCUAAAGAAAUGAUCCCUCAAAGAGAUGAUUUCUCAGCUUCAGUCCCGACUUAUACCGGCAUUGAUAUUCAUCAGCUCAAAGCCGAUCACUUCGGAUAUCUCCCUUACAGAAAUGAGGCUGGGAGCAUAGGAGGAGAGGCUUCAAUUGCAAGGGAAGGAGCAGGCACGUGCGAAGAGCGUGACAUGGGACAGCAUCACGUGACCACCCAUGACCACCAUCACCAUAUUGCCGCCACCGCGUUUCACAUAAGCCGGCCUUCGCACUCCAUCUCCACCAUCAUCUCCCCUCCGCCUCUACACCAUACCUCGAUUAUUCUCGAUCAAGAUCACCCCUUUCAUGUCCCCCGAAUCAUGCUCCCCAAUGAAAAUUACCAGCAACAACAACAGCAACAACAUCAUAAAAUUGGGGGAAGGUCUGCAUCUGGAUUGGAGGAACUCAUCAUGGGAUGCACCUCAACUGACAUGAAAGAAGAGUCAUCAAUGGCGAACCAACAAGAAGCAGAAUGGUUGAAGUACUCGACAUUCUGGCCCGACCCGGACAACCCGGAUCAUCAUGGAUAGAAACAAACACCCAUAAAUCAUUACCAUAAUCAUUACUUGUAAGUGCUGCCAAGACCAAUAUACACUAUUGUUUUUCUUCCUUUUCCUCUCCCUCUUUUUUACUCUAAAUUUCAGGGCUGAACUAACUGUUCAACAAAAAACACAUGUUGCAAAAGCAAGAAAAAGAAACAAAAAUAAAGGAACCAAGAAAAAGCCGCCUCUCUUCUGACAAACACAACACAAUACAACACAAAGAGAAGAUAGAAAGAGAGAGUGAUAGAAGCAAGGAAAGAAAACCCCCAUGUCCAAAGCGAUAAAUUCUUGCUGCAUCAAAAUCAUCACCAUCAUCAUCAUUACAUUACUAUACCGUCUUUAUACUAUAUGUUUAUUCCUUGUUAUUAUUAUUUUUUCAUUUUUAAGUUAAAUUUUUUUUGUACUACAAUUUUUGUCAAUUGUGUUACACAAAAGAAUUAUAGAUACUUUUAGAACACAAUAUUGCAAAUGGAAACUGUGUUUAUAGUUUUUUUAGUA